CGAGCCUGUAGGAGGAGGAGGGGAAGAGCGCGAGCGCGGCCGCUCCUCACUGGGCACACGUCUCUCCAGCAGGCGAAGCAUCCGCGUUCACCAUCCAUCCCUCCAUCCAUCCAUCCAUCCCCCGGACCGAGACACACUGUAGCAAUGCGGCAGGACGGAUCCAUGCAGAUGGCUGCGCCGCAGAAAGAGAAUGCCGAUCAGAACUUUGACUACAUGUUCAAACUGCUGAUCAUCGGAAACAGCAGCGUGGGCAAAACAUCAUUCCUCUUCCGCUACGCUGACGACUCGUUCACGUCAGCAUUCGUCAGCACGGUUGGCAUCGAUUUCAAAGUCAAGACCGUGUAUAAGAAUGACAAGCGAAUCAAGCUGCAGAUCUGGGAUACAGCAGGACAGGAGCGCUACAGGACCAUCACAACAGCCUACUACCGUGGAGCCAUGGGCUUCAUCCUCAUGUAUGACAUCACCAAUGAGGAGUCGUUCGGAGCGGUGCAGGACUGGUCAACCCAGAUAAAGACCUACUCCUGGGACAAUGCACAAGUCAUCCUGGCUGGUAAUAAGUGUGAUAUGGAGGAGGAGAGAGUUGUGUCAGUGGAGAGUGGCAGACUGCUGGCCGAACAGCUCGGCUUCGAGUUCUUCGAGACAAGCGCAAAGGAUAACAUCAACGUGAAGCAAACCUUCGAGCGCCUCGUCGAUAUCAUCUGUGACAAAAUGUCCGAGAGCCUAGAGACUGAUCCUGCGGUUACUACGGGAACGCAGGGCAACGCCAGGCUAACAGACAACCCACCGCCAUUACAACAACCCAACUGUGCAUGUUAGUGUAUCAGAGCUCUGUGUGUGUGUGUGUGUGUAUAUGUGUGUUGUGAGGGGCGUGUGCGUAUGUUUAUAUAGUACUUGGGCUUCUUUAGGUCGAGGCAUUAACCCUUUAACGUCGCAGCUCCUGAAUGGAACCAGAUCUCAUUGUUCAGGGAAGGUGUAUUAAGGGACAUGAGGUCAUGAACCCACUCUUAAGCUCCGCCCACAUCGCAGAUUGGCUGCAGUUGGAAGGAAUCAAAUGCAUUUCUAAGGAAGGUAAAAAAAAACUACAGGUUUGAAAUGCCUCAAUGCUUGAUUGAAGACAAGCUCUGUAUAUUUUAGCAUUAGCACCUCAGUUGGCAUUAACGCUCAUUGUGCAUCAGUCCUGAAACCUCUGUACUCGACCCCACUGCUGCGGCGUAGUGCUAAAGCUGAUCCGAUCACCAUAUCUGGAAAACAUCCAGGCAUAAUAAUAAUAUUGAAUUUAGGUUUACUAACAAAAUGGCGCUUAAAAUUAUACUUAAAAAAAAAGCUAGUGGUUUCAAUGAACUUUUUAUUAGUUAGUUACAAAAAUAAAAUCAAGAAAAGGAAGCCUUUAGUACAAUAAUAGAUUUUAGUGUCUGAUCGGGACUGCAGUUGCAUAAUAACUGAUGAUUUAUAAAAUAUUUGGUAAAAAAAAAAGUAGUAUAUUAGAAUAUAUCAGAAUUCCUGUAUAGUUCAUUGUGAUAGCUUCUCACGAGAUGACUUAAUUAACAUAAAACUGGAAAAAAAUAUAUAUUUGUGUUCAAGUUUAUCUUAAAACUGCUGCGAAGAAAGUUGGACACACUUGCAUUAACUUUAGAUUGCAGUACAUCCGUACUAGGUGCUGG